GGUUGCCGGAACAGGGGCUGUUCAUGAAAGCAAGCUGCUUUCGAACUUUGUGUGUAUCUCUUCCUCCUCCACCUCAUGUCAUCGUCCGUCUCUCGCUCCUGUGUGUUCAGCCUUGUAGUGUGGUGUCGUUUGUCGUUGGCUUUUUGGCCUUAGUCUUUCGUUUGCUUCUGCCGUGUCGCUCCCCAUGAGAGGUGGGCGACAGUGACGAUGACUCGUCCCUCCUUCUUUUCCAGCGCGCUUCUUUUCACCCUCUUUGCCGCCACCACCCUCGUUUCCGGCCUCAAAUUCGACGCAAGUGAAGUCGACUACAACCUUAAUAGAAACAGAACAGCCAUCAGCCCCCUCGACUACUGGGGCUCACGACAAGAUGACGACCCCGACUUCGAGUACGCCCCGUCUCCCCCGAACUGGCGUGUGCCUUUCUACAGUCUUUUCUUGGAUCGCUUCGUGAAUGGCGAUCCGGGGAACGAUGACAUCAACAAAACCAUGUACGAAACGGACAUGAUGAGCACCCAGCUCCGGUUUGGUGGUGACCUGGAAGGCCUGAAGGACUCGCUAGAUUACAUCGCCGGCAUGGGGAUCAAGGCUCUCUAUAUCGCAGGGUCUCCGUUCAUGAACCUGCCAUGGGGUGCCGAUUCGUACUCGCCCGUCGAUUUGACGCUUCUCGACAAGCAUUUCGGUACCAUCAAGCAGUGGCAAGAGGUCAUCGACGAAAUCCAUGCCCGGGGCAUGGCGGUUGUGCUGGACAAUACCAUGGCUACGAUGAGCGACUUGAUCGGAUUCGAAGGAUUCUUGAACGAAAGCACACCGUUCCGGGUCGAGGAACACAAAGUGAUGUGGAAGUCAUCGAGGCGAUAUCUCGAUUUCGAUAUCGGCAAUGAGUACAACGCGUCGUGCAACUACCCCCAGUUUUGGUACGAGGAUGGGACGCGCAUAAACCCUCCCGGGCUCACGGGCUGCUACAACAGCGACUUCGAUCAGUACGGCGACAUCGAGGCUUUCGGUGUUUUCCCCGACUGGAAACGCCAGCUCGCAAAGUUUGCCUCCGUCCAGGACCGUCUCCGAGACUGGGAGCCUUCCGUAGCGGCUCGUCUCGAGCUCUUCUCCUGCAUGACCAUCAAGAUGUUGGAUGUUGACGGCUUUCGCAUCGACAAGGCUGUGCAAGUCACGGUUGACGCCCAGGCCUCGUUCAGUUCCGCCAUGCGGAAAUGCGCGAAAGAGGUGGGUAAGGAUAACUUCGUCGUCUUCGGCGAAAUUACCAGCGGCAACGACCUCGGAUCAAUCUACUUGGGCCGCGGUCGGGAAUCCCAGGCAGCCAAGACGUUGAAGGGAGACUGGACCAAGGCAAUGACCAUGAAGCCACCUUCGACUGACAACUCAGGCAUGUUCAUUCGUGAUGCCGGCAACAGCGCUCUCGACGCCGGCGCCUUCCAUUACUCCAUUUACCGUUUCAUGACGCGUUUCCUUGGUCUAAGUGGCAACCUAGAAGCAGGGUUCGACUUGCCGCUGGAUUGGGUUGGGACCUGGCACCACAUGGUUGUCACAAACGACUUCUUCAACCCCUACACCAACGAGUUCGACCCUCGCCAUCUUUAUGGUGCAACAAACCAAGACGUGUUUCGCUGGCCUGCCAUCGAACAGGGCGUUGAGCGCAUGCUCCUCGCUUACUUCAUCACUACCAUCCUCCUGCCCGGCGCCCCUCUGGUCUAUUAUGGCGAGGAACAGGCGCUGUAUGCUCUGGACGGCACCGCUUCGAAUUACGUCUACGGUCGCCAGGCUUUUGCACCCUCGCCAGCAUGGAAGGCACACGCCUGUUUUGGGCUCUCGGUCGACCAGUACAUCGGCUGGCCCAUCGAGAAAGGGCGCAAAGGGUGCGAAGACGACUCUGUUGCCUGGGAUCACCGUGACCCCUCGGCGCCCCUUCGCAACAUUUUCCGCCACAUGUUUGCUCUCCGAGAGGCCCUCCCGGUGCUUGAACACGGCUGGCUGCUCGAGAAUCUCGCCAAGCAGACCGAGGAAGUCAUGCUCAAUGGUAGCACUACCGCGACUGAGUUUGGCGUGUGGAGUGUUGCUCGUGGCAUGUUUACCCAGUUGCAGAAUGAAACGGACAAGCCAGUGUGGCUUGUCUACCAUAACCGCCCCAACCGUACGACCUACAACUUCGUUUGCAGCGAUAUUGACUCGGCAUUCGUUUCGCCCUUCGACGAGGGGACCGACGUCGUGAACCUCUUCAGUGGAGACAAAGCCAUCCGACUUGAGCCUUCUUCGCGCAAGAACAACUUCACCGGUACUGGCGAGAGCGCCGGGUGUAUCUCCAGCAUCACUCUCGAGCCAUACGAGUUUCGCGCCUACGUGGAAACCAAAUCUUGGGUGCAGCCGGCCCCUAUGAUCACCAAGUUCGAACCCGGCCAUGAUGCUCCCCUGGAUUCGACAGACGCCAAUGGGGAGAUCAACGACAUUUUUAUCGAGUACAACGUCCCGAUGAGCUGCGACUCUGUCACCAAAGCUUUGUCCGCCGUGGUCAUCACCGACGGCAAACAUAACGCCACGAAGCUCAACUUUGCUACGCCCAAAUGCGGAAAGAUCUCUCCAGCCGAGAAGAUCCCUUACACGGGGGCAAUCCAAUCCAGUUGGAGGUUGAGGACAAGCCUACGCAACGUCCCCGACGGUAUUGUGAAGAUCACCGUAGCCAAUGCUCUCUCCGAGGACAACGUCUCGACCAACGCAACCGACCAUUUCCUCAUUCGGUUUGGCAGACGUCUCAGCAACCCCGUUGUCUUCCCCACGGCCAAUUAUUCGCGCACGCUGCUAUCUAUGGAAGGGGGUUCUAUGUACGUCCAGCACCAGGCCGCGGGCGCCACGCAAUGGCGGUACAGCACCAACUGGGGGUCGUCCUGGAGCAAGUGGCUUACAUACGAUGCCAACACCCCCAAAGCGUCCAUCACGGAGCUGUCUUGGGAGGGGACAGACCUGCAGAAAUGGCCGGGUAAACACUUGACGGUCCAAUACUACAGCAAGCCACUCGGUUCAUCGGCCUUCAUACAGCACGCCGACAGCAACGAUGUCCAAUUGGAGCGCGGCUUUCCUCACAUCAGGAUUCAUGGACCAUACAACAAAUGGGGCUACGAUGCCGGGUUGCCUGGCUCUAUGGACCUCGUGUCCCAUCGCACUUGGGAACUGCACUACAUGUAUGAGUGGCCGGCGAACUUCCAGCUUAACAUAUGGGGUAUCAACCCGGACAACCAGCCGGACGUCGGGACCAUCUUUGGAGACAUUGACAACGACGGCAUUGUCGAUCGUCUCCCUCCCAGCAGUUUGGCGAAGAACGUCAUCAACAUUACCAAGCCGCCUCCGAUGCCAGCCCUCGCUUACAAGCUCGUUUACAACGAUGCAGCAUUCCGGUUCGAGUACCUUCCCACGGGGCAUAUUGGCAUUCAGAUUCUGCUCUUCAUUCUGCUUGCUGUCUUGCCACUUUUGCUAGCAGUGUUGGCUGGGUGGGUUUACAUGCGCAGCUUCUACCAAGUCAAGGUCAACAAAUCGGGGUUCGCUAGCAAGGGGUGGAGGCCACUGAAGCUCGGGGCUGUCUCCAGACUCGACCUGAAGUCAUUCACGAAACGCGGUGUCGAGAUGAGUGCUAUGACUCCGACGCCACCCCCAAGCGCCACCAUGGCUCCUCUUGGUGCUACUGGCGGCCGGCGUACCGUGCUCAUAGCCACCAUGGAGUACAACAUGGAUGAUUUCGGCAUCAAGAUCAAGAUCGGCGGUUUGGGUGUCAUGGCCCAGUUGAUGGGAACGGCGCUCUCUCACGUGGACCUCAUUUGGGUUGUCCCUGUGGUGGGCGAUGUCGACUACCCGACUGACCGCAUGACGCAUGCGGAAUCCAUGUUUGUCAAUGUCAUGGGUCAGCCUUACGAGAUCGAGGUUUACUACUACACCACCAAGAACAUCACCUUCGUUGUCCUCGACGCCCCGAUCUUCCGCAAGCAGACCAAGGCAGAUCCGUACAUCGCUCGCAUGGACGACAUCGAGAGUGCCAUCCUGUAUGCCGCGUGGAAUAGCUGCAUCGCUGAGACGAUCCGUCGAUUCCCGGUCGACGUCUACCACAUCAACGACUACCACGGUGCCGCCGCCCCGCUCUACCUCCUCCCCCAAACGAUCCCUUGCUGCCUUUCCCUCCACAACGCCGAGUUCCAAGGCAUGUGGCCGAUGCGGACGCCAGAGGAGCAGAAGGAGGUGUGCGACGUGUUCAACCUGCCGCCGGAAGUGGUCAAAGAUUACGUCCAGUACGGCUCGGUCUUCAACCUGCUCCACGCCGGUGCCAGUUACCUCCGUCUCCAUCAGCGUGGCUUCGGUGCAGUGGGUGUCUCUAGGAAGUAUGGUGACCGCUCUCUAGCUCGUUAUCCCAUUUUCUGGAGCUUGAAGAACAUUGGACAGCUGCCGAACCCCGACCCGUCUGACACGGCCGAGUGGAACCCCGACAAGGACGUCUCCAAGCAGUCCAAGGGCAUCGACGUCGACCAGAGCUUCGAAGAGAAGAGGGCGGACCUCAGACGCCAAGCACAGGAGUGGGCUGGUCUAGAAGUUGAUCCCUCGGCGGAACUGUUUGUUUUCGUCGGCCGGUGGAGUUUGCAGAAGGGCGUGGAUCUCAUCGCCGACAUCUUCCCCAGCAUCCUGGAGAAGUACCCCAAGACCCAACUCAUCUGCGUCGGCCCCGUUAUCGACCUCUACGGGCGGUUUGCGGCUCUGAAGCUUCAGAAGUUGAUGGAGAAGUACCCCAAGCGGGUAUUCAGCAAGCCCGAGUUUACCCAACUCCCGCCGUACAUCUUCAGUGGUGCAGAAUUCGCGCUCAUUCCAUCCCGUGACGAGCCAUUUGGUUUGGUCGCCGUCGAGUUCGGUAGGAAGGGUGCCCUGGGCGUGGGGGCACGCGUCGGAGGUUUGGGCCAAAUGCCAGGCUUCUGGUACACAGUCGAGUCCAUGACUCCAUCCCAUCUCCUGCAACAGUUCCGGCAAGCCAUCGUGUCGGCUCUCGAUUGCAAGUCGUCGAAGCGCGCUCUCAUGCGUGCGUGGAGUGCCAAGCAGCGUUUCCCCGUCGCGCAAUGGAUCAAGCAGUUGGAUGAGCUGUACAGCGAGUCCAUCCGCAUCCACAACAAGGAGGCGAGGAAGAAGAAGCUCGAUACACUGCGUGCUCCCAGCCCGAAUCCAUCGCGACCGUCUUCUCGGCCGUCUUCCCCGACCAGCACAGCUACGCAUGUUGACCCCGGAUCUGCGAUAUAUAGCCCCGGACCAGAAACACACUUGGUGCCACCAUCGCCGUCAGCCUCCCCGGCACCGGGUUCAGUAAUAAGCCCUGAUUUGCCGAGUCCCUCCGCCCCGUGGCUAGGGGGCUCAAGGUCAAGUUCACCCCGCGAUUCCACCGCAAGCUCCAUCGCAGGAAGCAUCUACGGCAAUAACACGGCGCGGGAGAGCACCGUUAGCGUGGAUAGCUUUGCAGUUCGUGCCCAGAAGGAUGGCAUGGCCUCGCCAGGGUUGACUCCCAACUUUGGCCUCGUCCCCCCUCGUCCCACACUUGGACAGAGCCAUCGCAACAGCAGUCUCCUCAGUCUUCCCGACGUCGUCGGCGACAGGCACGACCUGAAGCUGCAGCAGGUGGACCAGUUUUUCAAUGAUUCCAAUGGCGAGUACUACGCCAUGUACGAAGAGAUGCUGGAUGCCUUGACAGCCCAGAACUCGGCCGGUGAUCUCUGCAUCGAGGCCUUCCUCAAGAAGAGCGAGAAAGAGUGGUUCUCGAGGUACCGCGAAGCCAAGCUGGGGAGGCACUCUAGGAUAGGGAGCCCAGUGAAUAGCCGACCACCCUCGAGAAACGACGAGAGUCGCAAUACAUCUGUCGUCAGCCGCGGCCGCCAGCGGCAUCGCAGCAUGACGCCGAGCUCCCUGGCUAGAUCAAUCUUCGAAGUCUCCCCACCGCCUAACCACAUUGACGAUGAGUUCUUACUGGGCGAUGGAUACCAGGCCCCCACAGGGUUGAAGAAGAUCCUUUCCAUCCGUCUUGGCGACUGGCCGCUUUACUCCUUCCUUCUCGCACUUGGCCAAAUCAUCUCAGUCAGCUCGUACCAAAUUGUCCUUCUCACGGGCGAGACGACCCAGACACCAGAGAAGUUGUACAUGGUUGCAGCAACAUACAUCGCAACCUCGUUGCUUUGGUGGGGACUAGAGCGGAACUUCAAGUCUGUCUACGCCCUGUCGGCGCCCUGGUUCUUCUUCGGUCUUGCCUUCCUGUUGAUCGGUAUCGCGCCCUUCAUCCCCGACUGGCGUGUUGCCAACAAGAUCGAAGAUGCGGCCACAUGCUUCUACGCUGCCGGGGCUAGCAGCGGCGCACUGUCGUUCGCCUUGAACUUUGGUGACGAAGGUGGCUCGCCAACAAAGCAAUGGAUCACGCGCGCCUUGACUGUUUCGGGUUUCGCCCAGGUUUACAGCAUCGGCUUAUGGUACUGGGGUUCCAUGGUGGCCAACACAGACCCGACAGCGACUGUUUUCGUGGGCACCUCCAACGUCCCGCAAGCCAUCGUCGUCGGUGUGCCCAUCGCCAUCAUCUUCUGGGCUAUUGGCGUCGUGCUCUACCUCGGGCUCCCCGACUUCUACCGCCAGUCCCCCGCCACCAUUCCGGGCUUCUACAUCUCCCUUUACCGCCGCAAGAUCGUGCCCUGGUUCUUCGUCAUGAUUAUCUUGCAGAACUACUGGCUAUCCGCACCUUACGGCCGCAGCUGGCAGUUCCUGUUCAACACCCAGCACGUUCCCGGGUGGGGCAUCUUCCUGCUCGCCCUCGGCUUCUACUGCGGCCUGUGGGCGCUGGUCCUCUACGGCUUCUCGCACUUCUCGGAUGAGCAUACCUGGCUCUUGCCCAUCUUCGCCAUCGGCCUGUGUGCCCCGCGCUGGGCGCAAGAGUUCUGGGGCACCAGCGGUAUCGGUUGGUACCUGCCGUGGGCCGGCGGUCCGGUGGGCUCGGCGAUCGUGUCGCGUUGUCUGUGGCUGUGGCUGGGCCUGCUCGAUAACAUCCAGGGCGUCGGUCUCGGCAUGAUGCUACUGGCCACGCUAACGAGGCAGCACGUGUUGACGGUGCUGAUCGGUGCGCAGGUGGUGGGCAGCGCGUUUACAAUGCUGGCGCGGGCGACGAGCCCCAAUGCGCUCUCGCCGCAUACGACGUUCCCGGAUUUCUCGCAAGGGGUGAUGCCGGGCGCUGCUAGUCCAUUUUUCUGGGUGUGUUUGCUGUUCCAGCUGAUCAUCCCCGUUGGUUUCUUCAAGUUCUUCCGCAAGGAACAGGUUUCCAAGCCUUAGUGCUCUGUUGGCAUGGCGUCAGGGGCGGUCGGGUUCGGGUUGGUUUUUUGAUAGACAAGAGCAUGCGUCACGUUUGAUUAUAAUGUUUU